UUCCAGGCUUCGCUCCCCACGAAUGUCGCGUGCGGCCACCAAAAUUUUCCUGACGCCAUCGCUGCUCCCACUCCCACUUCCCCAGUGGCUUCGUAGGCGGCGGCCAAGCAUCUCCUCAGCGAGGAGAGCCUUCGCGAUGGCGGCGUCUGGAUUCGGAGGCGGCGAGGCGUUCCCGCUGUCGUCUGCGGCGGGGGCCGGUGCGCUGAAGCUGCACAAGGGCGACAUCACCCUCUGGUCCGUCGACGGCGCCACCGACGCCAUCGUCAAUGCUGCUAAUGAACGAAUGCUUGGAGGGGGAGGUGUUGAUGGAGCUAUACAUCAAGCUGCUGGGCCACAACUUGUAGAAGCAUGUCGUAAAGUUCCAGAGGUUAAACCUGGAGUCCGUUGCCCUACUGGAGAAGCUAGAAUUACUCCAGCUUUUGAGCUUCCCGUGUCCCGUGUGAUCCAUACAGUUGGGCCCAUAUAUGAUAUGGACAGGAAGCCUGAGGUGUCAUUAAAGAAUGCAUACGAAAAUAGCUUAAAGCUGGCUAAAGAGAAUGGCAUUCAGUACAUUGCAUUCCCUGCUAUAUCUUGUGGUAUUUUUCGUUACCCUCCAAAGGAAGCAUCAAACAUAGCUAUUUCAGCUGCUCAACAAUUUUCAGGCGAUAUUAAAGAGGUGCAUUUUGUUCUGUUCUCGGAUGAUCUGUACAGCAUUUGGCGUGAGACUGCCCAGGAGAUGCUGAUGCAAUUUGAGAAAUGAGUAACUAUGAUAUCAGUGUAGUAUGCACAAGUUAUCCAGCAUGUAAUACGACCACUGGAGUCUAUUGACCAUGAUCGCAUGUAUGGCGCAGUUUGAAUGUGUUUAUCUGAACGAGAGUUGGAUGGAUAUGCAGGAUAAGUGCCCUGAAUGAUAUUAUACCGUUCUUUAUGCUUCA